AUGGACCUCGCCUCCUCGGAACGAGUGACCUCGUCAGUCACUCCGCACGUCCUGCCUGAUGAAUCCACCCUCUCCCAGUCACUCUCCAUCUCUGAGGACGAUGUCGAGAAUAGCCGACUACUGCCUCGGCAUUUGUCUGUCUGCGAGGAAUGCUGGAGGGGGCCCUUUGCCAUGCACUUCGGGCUUCCCUUGGUGUCACCGCAGAGCGGACAAUGGUACCGGCACUGGCCCGAAGAGAUCUCGUACUCGGCCUCGCUCGCAGAAUUGGAGUCGCGUGCCGAUACAGGUUGCGUAUGGUGUCUGUUCCUGCUCAGGAUGAUGGCUCGACUCGGAUGCCGUUACGACCCUGAGCCCGACGAUCGUUUGGCCAUCAUAGUGCGGGGCACUACCGACACGUGGAACGAGGACACAGGUUACAGCCAGCGUCCUUAUCAAAGGAUAGAUAUAGAAAUCGAGGAUUACACUGAGUUUGAAGCACUUGUGCACGCAGAACCAGAUGACCUCGCCGCAUCCUACAUCCCUACACGAAGCCCCCUCCGAGACGUAGGAUCGCCUAGUGCACUCGCACUCGCAAGACAGAAAAUCGACGAGUGCGUUCACGAACACCAGUGCUGUAAAAGCGCGGCGUCCUCCGACCCUCCCCUUCCCACACGUGUCGUGGAUUGCGCUAACCCCGCUCGACCGCAACUGGUGUCGACGGCCGGAAGAUGCGGCGAAUACCUCGCGCUCAGCUACGUGUGGGGCGGGGAUCAGGUCCACAAGACCACGAAGAAGAACAUAUCCGCGUACGAACAAAUCAUCGCGCCGCCCGAUCCUCUUCCUGCGACGAUCCGCGACGCCAUUCGCGUGACACACAUGCUCGGCUUCCGGUGGCUCUGGAUCGACAGUCUGUGCAUCAUCCAAGACUCGGACGAGGACAAGGCGCGCGAACUCGGCCGUAUGCACAACAUCUACCGAUAUGCGCACUUGACGAUCAUGGCGGGCAGCGCGGCGGGAGUCGGCGAGGGUUUUCUCCAGGAACGACCUCCUCCCGAUCCCAUUGCCCCCGACAACAUCAUGGCCACUCUGCCCUUCAUCUGUCCUCCGCAGCCUGAUACCUGCGCAGGGUGUUCGGGAGAUCGUUCAGUGGUACAGCGGCCGGUCGGUACGGUGUCCGUCGUGUCGCUUGGCUCCGACAUCAUCGGCGGGUCCUACAACUAUGAGCUGGGGCGCAUGUCGACGCGCGCCUGGUGCAUGCAAGAGUACCUGAUGUCCCCGCGCGCUCUCAUUUUCACCCCGACAUCGCUCCUAUUAAGGUGUCUGACCACGACGCAGGCCGUCGGCGACUCCUUCUGCCACAUAUACGAUGAGCCCCGUAUACCCAGAUCACUCUUCCUCCCCACACCGGCGCCCGAAGCAGAGCCUAGCUCCGAGGAGUGGAAGGGCAUGCACACGGCCUGGAUGGCGGUCGUCGAGGACUACACCCGCCGUGCAGCCGGCUUCGAGUCGGACAAGCUUGUCGCGUGCGCCGCGAUCGCGGAGCAGUUCCACGGUGCCCUGUGUUGCGAGUACCUCGCCGGCCUGUGGAGGUCGGACGCGCUCCUGGUCCAUCUGCUGUGGAUGUCUGAUACCCAACAGGACGACUCUGACAUAUGCCGACAUACUCGCCCCACGGAUUACCGCGCGCCGUCGUGGUCAUGGGCAGCGAUCGAAGGGCCCAUCGUCUCUGAGCAGGGUCACUCCCCAAACACUGUGGACUUCGAAGACCCCAAAACUGUCGCGCUCGCAGAGGUCGUCGAGUGCUGGGUCACACCCACAAAUCCCGCGCUUCCCUUCGGUCAAGUGAAGGACGGGUCGCUCAGCCUGCGUGGAACACUGAUACCCUGCAAUGGCGGACCCGCGAAAAUGAUUCACGGUAAAUGGUACAUGCCCCUACCGUCUUUCCAGGAAGCAUGGCGCCAGCAGCGGGGACUUGACGACACAUUGAGCUUGGAUGAAGAAGGCAGCGUCCGUUCGACGGAACCACGGGAAGGCGCGAUGUUUGUCAUGGACUGCGAUGUCGACGAACUGCCCGGGAGCAUGUGGCUGGUCCCGUUUGAGUGGUGGUCCAAUUCGGACGGUCACCGUUGGGUGCAUGGGAUUGUCCUCGAGCUCGCUCCUCCUCGGAGUAGCUCAGGGUCUGAAUCUCAAAAGAUUCGCUUUUGGAGGAUUGGAUACUUCUUGGACAGAGUGGAGGCAAACUCCGAGCACCCGCUGUGGGAUCCGCUGAUUCAACGGGCUGCGGAGGACGAAGAACACCUUUGGACGGAGAUCGUGAUCGUAUGA